UUUUAGGCUCAAAGCGACCUCUUGCGGUGGCGCUGGUGGUGCUGGGCUCUUCUUGCUGACUGAGACUGGUUGCUGCAUCAUGAAGCCCCAUCUUCCCGCCAUCGCCGCAUCGAGCGAGCGCAUGUGCGAAAUGCCGCCACUCGAUGCAGAGUACAGCUUGAGUGACCGUAUCAAGAAUUCGAGCCUCGCGUUAAACCUGUCUAGCAAGAAGCUCGGCACUCUCGGGGCGCAGACUGUUAGUCAAGCAUUCAAGUUCCACCCGACGUUAGCCAAGCUUGUGUUGAGUGGGAAUCAGAUUGGCGAUGCUGGUGCGCAAGCGAUCGGAGCUGCGCUUCGAGCAAAUCGAGCCUUGACCGAGCUGAUUUUGGAUGACAAUCAGAUUGGCGUCGUAGGAGUCCAGGCGAUUGCCGAGGCACUCAAGUCCAACGGCACGCUGCAGUCGCUCGGUUUGAGCCAGAAUCAAAUUGACGAUGCUGGGGCGCAGGCGAUUGCUGAGGCCCUCCAAACAUGUCCGCCGCUUGUAGCCCUUGACCUUCGCCGGGGACAAAUUGGUGAUGUUGGUGCUUUGGCGAUUGCGCAAGCUCUUUUGCAGAACACCUGCUUGGCUGAGCUCGGUCUGGCGCAGAAUCGCAUUGGCGUUAUAGGCGCCCAGGCUAUCGCAGAAGCCCUCAAAUCGAAUACGUCGUUGCGUUGUCUGCGGUUGUUCGACAACGAGAUUGGCGAUGCAGGAGCAAGCGCGAUCGCAGAGGCCCUCAAAGUGAACACAACGCUCGAUGCUUUGCACUUGAACAGCAAUCAAAUUAGCGAUGUCGGCGCACAGGCGAUUGCCGAUGCGCUCAAAUCAAACUCGGGGUUGACCUAUCUCAAUUUGGAGCGCAACGAAAUAGGCGAGGAUGGAGCGCAAGCAAUUUCAAAGGCGCUUGAAGCCAACAUGACUCUGACCUCGCUUUACUUGACAUGGAAUAGAGUGGGCGACGCGGAGACUUUUGAAAUCGAGCAAGCAGUUCAAAACAAUAAGCCUUUAACCGAGCUCAACUUGAAUUGGUCAAACCAGUCAAAACUGUUUCAGUACCUCAAUGUCCGAUCGAAGACAGGCGGGCCAGGCGCUAGCAACACAGUCCAGAAGCUCUCAAAACCCGCCGUGCGGCUCAAGUCAACCCGGUUAGUCUUGAAUGAAAAAUCGAGAUCGCCAUCAGCUUCCGAUCUCGGACGGUUUGACUUUCCAAGGGCAGAUGCAGACCCCGAGGCACCCGUGUUGAUGGAGCAGUGCGGGUCGCCCAAUCCAGCAGCGUUCGCGCAUCAAGCGGACUGGACUCCGUUUUCGCAGAAUACCGAGUCUGCACAGGUGCCUCUCCUAGACGUGAACAAUGUGCUGGAUCGCAAGUUUGCGCCUUACGCUUCGUGCUGGUGUGAGGAAAAUGUGUACCACCUUUGUCUGCACGCCUCGCAGACGGCAUGGGAGCAAAACAUGAGGGCCUCGCACACGGUCAACAAUUUUAUCGAGCAAGCAAGUGUGGUCUUCAUUUCCAAUCCUUCACGCAAGACGCCGAUUUGGUGCCAGAGACUCAGCCAACCGGGGUGUCCGGUCGUCUGGGACUAUCACGUCGUUCUCGUUCUUCCAGCGCCCUCUGGCGUCAUGGUUUAUGACUUGGACACGACACUGGGGUUCCCUUGUUUGUUUCGGAGCUACGCGGACGAGGCGUUGAGAGACAGCUUCAACAGUCUUUCCAGCUUUCACAGGCGUUAUCGGGUCGUAGCCGCCUCUGAGUUUCUGAAAACAUUCUCUUCAGAUCGCUCACACAUGUUUGUGGGCGGGAAAUGGCAAGCCCCGUGGCCGUCGUGGCCGCUCAUCCAGCAGGAUCCCACGCGCAUCGAGAACAAUCUGCCAGAGUACCUUUCCAUGACACUCACGAGUGAAACCGCGUGGCAGCCAGCCUCCCAGUCAACGUCCGCAAUCUUUUCGCCCGUCGUCAACUCGAAAGCUUUGCCAGAGAAGCUGCUUGGUCCACCGCUUGCGCGCCGAAUUGCGCACGCUGGACCGUACGGAGUCGUGUUGACUGAGCAGGAGUUUUUCAGCCAUUUUUCCAACGUCCGAUUUGAAGAUGCCGUCGUCCCAGAAUGUUGACGAGUGAUGUUGAGUGUAUGUUGACAAGACACGCAUGUCGCAUGCUUUCGGGUUUCAAUACCAUCGUUCCAUAGCAA